UAGGGUGAGAGCAACGGGCGCUUGAGGAGAGCAGAACGCAGUGGCCAGGGGAGGUUGAAGAGCUCUAGCUAGGUUGGCGGUUGGACUGUUGAUGUAAACGGUAGUAGUACUUAAGCUGCCACCAAACUUCUCGCCUGCCAUUAAAGAUCAUGGAAGAUUCACAGAGUGAACAACAGCGGAUGUUACGACGCCACCAGCGUGAGAAGAAAGAGCUACAGGACCGCAUUCAGCUCAUGAGGAGUUCGGUCCCCAAGAGCGACAAGACGAGAAGAAAGCAGUUGCAUCUCGACGUGGCCCGCCUUGAGGCCGAGAUGAAGCAGAAGCACCAGCAGGAACUGGAGAAGUUCCUUGAUUCUGUCACUGAAGAUCUAGCCAAGAUGGAUCUUGAGAACCAGUCUCCACACUUCCUCAGGGCACGGAGAAAGCAAGAAAGAAGGGUUGCCCUCCUGAGAGCACGCCAGGGGAGGAGUGCGGAGGUUAACAUGGAGUAUCUGGCCAGCUUCCGCCAAAGCGAGGAAGAGAAGCUCGGCGCCAUCCUGGAGGCCAAGCAUCUGGAGAUGAAGGAAAUGCCGACUGAUAGCCACUGCAUGUAUCGUGCCAUCCAAGACCAGCUGGUGUUCUCCGUAACCGUGGAGAGCCUGCGGAGCCGCACUGCCGAGUACAUGCGGAAGCACAUCGAUGAUUUCUUGCCUUUCUUCAGCGACCCCGAAACCGGUGAUGCCUACAGCCGCAGCCACUUCUUUCGCUACUGUGACAAGAUCGUGAGCAGUGCAUUGUGGGGAGGCCAACUGGAGCUGAGGGCCCUGUCACACAUCCUGCAGACCCCCAUCGAAGUGAUCCAGGCCGACUCGCCAGCCAUCGUCAUUGGAGAGGAGUAUACCAGGAAGCCGCUAAUCCUGGUCUACGUGCACUACACCUGCAACUUCGGGGAGCACUACAACUCCGUGAAGCCGCAGGAGGCCGGCGCCACUGGGGGCGCAGCCCCUCGUCUCUUCUAGACCGGCCUUUGUCAUCGCUGUUGGCGGUUGCCACCGGAGCCGAAGCCGCCGCUACCGCGUCUCCUCAGUAGACUCUCUUUUCUUUUUUCCUUCGGUUUUCUUGUUUUAUUUUUUUCUUCAUUUUACUUAGAGCUCAUCCCUCUUCUCUCUGCCCUCCACCCGCUACCUACCCACCUAGCUCUUCUAUCCCCUACCAUCUUCCCUGAGUUGCUUCUUAAGAGAUCUGUAUAGUCCUCCCUGAGGGGAGUGAGUUUGUCAAGUUUUCGCCACUUCUUGCCCUGAAGGGUCUCUUUCCCCACCCCCGUGAGAACCGGUCUUGUUACAAAUAACUUUGAGGUUCAAAAAAUGGCAACUUGGUUUGAUGCAUUCUUCACCUGGGGGGCGGGGGUGGGGCGAAAAUCAGUUUAGCUCAGAAUCUUCCCAUUGUCCUGUGAAUGUAUUAAUUACUUAAAGGAGCUGAUGUGAUCAAAAUGAUUUGUUUUGAGAAUGAAUUUUGCUUAGUUCUUUGGGAAAAAAAUGUACUGUGCACUGUUAUAGAGGGUUGCUUUUUCCUUUACCUGGGCUACUCAGGAGAUGUCUCAAGUUACAAACAAGACCUCCUCUAGUAUUUUGCUUUGUUUUUUCAUAAAACCUUGCGUGGUUGCAAAUUAAUUGUAGUUUAGAUGCUUGCUGAAUUCUAAAUAAUAGCGUUUGUUAAAUUUGGAAGUUAAAUGUAAGCAUUAACUAUAGAAAAUAGAUUUACCUAAACUGAUAAUCUAGAUGAGAUUUGCUCUAAGAUGUGAAAGAUCUCAAUUUAAUUUCCUUUAUUAAUGAUAGGAAAGGAUGUGACUUUAUUCAAGUAGUUGAUCUAUUUUAUUAUAUCUGCAAUUGGUGUGAAGUAAAAAGAAACAAGCUGAGAGGUAGCUUAACUUACUGUGAGGGGUGAGAUCUGAACUAGUAAGUAAGUUUCCUUUAUUCUCAGACACAAGAGGGUAAAACUUUAUUCAAGUAGUUGGUCUACUUUGUUCUAUCUACAACCAGUUAUGAAGUGUGAAAGAUCGGAACUUAGUAAUUUUCCUUAAUUCUUAGAGAUAACAAGUAUUUUAAAAGAUUUUAAAAAUAUUAAAGUAGUUGACUGUUGUUAUAUCUGCAACUGGUAUGAAGCAAAAAAAGUGAGCAAUAUACUUUUGUUGAUAUUUGAGACAUGUUGUUAUCUUGAAUUUGCCAAAAAAAUAGUAAAAGUGAAAUGACUUGCAGUACAUUUAAAAAUAACCUUUAGAUCUUGUAUUUCAGUGAGAUUGCUUAAAUUCAUUUAAGAAUUGUAUGUACACAUCAAAUUUCUAAAAUAAAAUGUAUAACAUCAGAAAAUAUAUGCA